CUUUUACUCUCCUCUCUCCCCAGCUCCAUCCCUCCAAUCCCCUCCCCUUUCCUAGCCUAUCUGACAACAAGUGGAUAAGAAGAAGCAACAUGGUGAAAAAUGAAUAUCACCAUUUAGCUUUCACCAGUCCCAGAUGUCACAGCAGAUGUAGGAAAGGAGACAAGACGUGGGCCCUUUAAGCAGAACGAUAUGACGUCAUCAGGUCAAAGUUUACAGCAUGGCGUCGGGAAAUGGACUUGCUUCUCUGGUGAGAAUCCACACGGUUAAAUAACUGUAUUUGAACUUAAUGUACAUGUCAUAUACGGGUAGAUUGUAGCUGUAUAUGUAAAUUAAUUCUUAAAGUAUAUGCUGCAUUUUUUAUUUGUACAAAUGCCUCUGGCUAUACGGGAACAACAUUGAUUGAACUAAACAUGUUUUAAUACCAUUGUUAGACUUCAGCAAUAACAGUAAUAUUGAAUUGAUAAUGCCAAUGACAACAUUUCGUCGUGUUAUUUAGGGUGUGAACUGUGAAGUAGCUUUUGGACACAACAUCGGUAGACUGUGUAUUAGUGGGACUCCCAGAGUUGUGAAUCGUUCUGGUGGGUGGCGAUGGAAAAUAACCCUACCACAAUAUAGAGGCCCACAGUGGAUGUGUCAUAAUACCCAUAAAACCUAGCGGUCAAACAGGGAAAUGGUUCCAAUCGUUUUCCCACAAUUUUUCCCAAAGGGAAUUUUAGAAACACUUAAAAUAAGGGCUGUGUUUCUUGUAGGCUUACCCUGUCGUGAUGGUUUGAUAACCAUGUAAAUCUCUCUCGGACAAGGUGACUUAUCAAUAUAUAUUCGGCUCUAUUUACUCUGAUUCGAAAAUGCUAAUUAGCAUCAAAGUAGACAUGCAAAACUACAAAUCCCUGCAAGCUCCUAGUCAUCUCUAGCUGACAUUUGCUAACAGGUGUUGUCACAUUAAAACUUGCACAAGACAGUUUGCAGAAUUUAAAAUAAAUAUUGCCAACAUAUUACUACAUUUAGCUAACAUUAUAUAGUUAAUCCAGAGAUUCUUACCUUUGCCUCAAUUCUGUAGUCUCGUCCAGAUCAUCAUGGCAUUUGUAGUUCUUUAUGAUAGCAGCUAAUUUGCAUUUCAAAUACAGGUAACUAUAUUGAUAAAAAUCACCUUGUCCUAAAGCGAUUUACACGGUUAUCAAAACUUCACGCCAGGAUAAGCCUACACGAAACACACUAAAAUCCUCUAUGGGAAGAAUUAAUUGUGGAAAACGAUUGGAACCAUUUCCUUGUUUGACCGCUAGGUUUUAUGGAUAUUAUGACUCAUACUGUGGUACUCUAUAGCUGGCUUCACCAAGACAACGUUUCCUGUCAGCAAAGGCAUAUGUAUAAUCUCUUGGAACUCUUAUUUACCAGAUGUAAAGUGAAAUGUGUCCCUCGCUAUCAAAUAAAUGUCUGAAUCAAACUUUUAUUUCGGUUGAGUUAGACAGUGGGCUGCCAUUAGAUCACGCACUUGGUGUGGUUCGGACAAAAGUUGGAUUCAGACGUUUAUUUGAUAGCGAGGGUCACAUUUCACUUUACGUCUGGUAAAUACAGUUCCUAGAGAUUAUAUGCUUUUGUUGACAGUAAGUGUUUUUUUGGUGUAGCCGGCGAUAUUGUGGUAGGGUUAUUUUCCAUCGCCACCCACCAGAACGAUUCACAACUCAGGGAGUCCAACCAAUACACAGACUCCCAAUGUUGUGUCCCAAAGCUACUGUGAAGGAGCAAUUGUAAUACUCUAAUGAUUCUGUUAUAUGUUAUUCAGGGCGUGGAGGGAGCUACAGCAGCCGCACAGGCUCUGUCUCUACCAGCUGAGGCUUAUGGGAAUGAUGUGAGUAGCCAACACACACACACACUGUCUAUUGAGGUUUUCCAUCUUCUGACACACACUAACACAGUAUAAUUAUAGUGUCAGUUAGCUAACCUGUGUGUGUGCAUGUGUUUCAGCCUCAACUGGAAGUGAUGUGGGCAAUGAAAGCUUACAAUCACGCAGAGAUCUACUUCAAUGUGAGUAUCUCUUGCUCACAAGUACUUGCACCAGGUGGAGCAUAUUAUCAAUACUAGCAGCCACAUUGCACUGAUCUAGUCCUCUCCCCUCCAGCUAAUCGUGUGUGUGUGUGUGUGUGUAGCUGAUCUCAUCAGUAGACCCCAGUAAUCUGAAGCUGACCAAGGUGGAUGACCAGAUCUAUACAUCCUUCAGAGAAUCCUUCUCAGACCUCAACAUCAAGAACUUGGACCCAGACAUGCUCAAAACGGCUGAGGCCAAAGAGGUAGGGGACAAUGUGUGUUACAGGAGUCACAGAUACAAAGAGGGACAGAGGAAGAGUGGGGGUGUGUGUGAGAGAGAGAAACUAACCUUUUCUCUGUGUUGUUGUCAAUAGAAGUGGCGUCCAUUCUGUAACCAGUUUGACGGAGUGGUGGAGGACUUUAACUACGGGACUCUGCUACGACUCGACUGUGUGAAGGACUACACAGAAGAAAACACCAUAUUUGGUAUUGUCAGUCACUAUCGCACAAGAAAUGUCACUAAUUAGGAACAUAAGUGUGCGGGCCUUCAGUCUUUUUUUAUGAAUAUUCAUCAGGAUUUUUAGUUAUCAGGUGUAUUUAACUAUGACCUUAUUGUCCCUGCAGCCACCAGGAUCCAGUUCUUUGCCAUCGAGAUCGCUAGGAACAGAGAAGGAUUCAACACCCCUGUUUUCCAGGCUAAAAAGCAGCCUUCGUAACCCAUACCCUAUAACCCAACCUGCUAUAACCUGUAACCCAGUAAGAUAAAGUUUAAAUCAGUCCUAUGUACCAGGCUAAACACCCUUUGUUACACCCUUUAUAAAUCCUAUUUCUGACCUAGGUAUGGGAUACCCUGAACCCCACCCCAUAACCUCUAACCCAGAAACAGAACGUUUCAACAGCCCUGGUUACCAGGCUAAACAUUCCCAAUGCUUGUCACCCACCAUCUCCUUACACACUUUUCCUGUGGUUGCCCACCUUGUUGACAACAUAGGUAUACUGGAAACUAGACAUGGGGCACGUUCAGCAGGGGUAUAUUCUUUACGUCUUGCAACUGAAAACGUUUAAGAACCAAACAAGUGAGCGAAAUGGGGAGGGACCUACCUGA